AUGAGACGAGUGAAGUCUGAGUUUAGCAACAUAGCUGGAUUUCCAGGUGUUAUAGGGUGUGUUGAUGGUAGCCUCGUCCGUUUGAUCAAGCCUUCACCAGACCAAGAGAGAGGUUUUAUCAACAGAAAAGGAUUCCCGUCCAUAAAUGUGAUGGCAGUUUGCGAUGCAAAAGAAAAUUCACAUUUAUCAAUGCGCAGUGGCAUGGAUCAGCUCACGAUAGCUUUAUAUUCCGAAUAUCCACACUUGGAUGCCACAUGGAGAGAAACCACAGGGGUUUGGAAGAUGGGAUUAUUCUUGGAGACAGCGGAGUUGCAGAUACCAACCAAAAGACAAACUUCAAUAGGGGGUUCUGCAGAACAAGGGAACUUAUUGAGUGUACGCUAUGACGUUGGAAGAGGAGAUUUGGAAUUCUCCAUGGAGAGAAAGACACCAGCCAAGGCAUCAGAAGUGAUUGUGGCGUGUGCUGCUCUCCACAAUAUAGCCAUCAUGCUGCAAGAACCAGAUGUGCCUGAUGCUGACAAUGACGAUGGGGCAGACGCACAAAUACCAUAUACAGGCAGGGAGACUGGCUUCUUGGUCAGGGAUCACCUUGCUCAAGUUUACUUUUAA